UUGCAAACAUCAACCACGAAGCGGAGCAGUGCAAAAGUUUUGUGAAAAUAUUCGCCUUAAACGCACAUUUUAACACAGAAUGGCCGAUGUGCUUGAUAUCUACAACCACGAGGAGUUCGAGGUGGACGAAGAUGGCGAUCAGGGAAUCGCACGUCUGAAGGAGAAGGCCCGCAAACGAAAAGGACGCGGUUUCGGCAAUGAAAGCAUUCCCCGGGAAACUAUCGAUUACGAGCGAAUGCAGGACGACGAAGAGGAAGCGGAACCAGGCCCACAGCGAUCGGUCGAAGGAUGGAUUCUGUUCGUGACAUCGAUUCACGAGGAAGCGCAGGAGGACGACAUACAGGAGAAGUUCUGCGAGUUCGGUGACAUCAAAAACAUUCACCUCAAUCUGGACCGCCGGACCGGCUUCCUCAAGGGUUACGCGUUGGUGGAGUACGAAACGUACAAGCAAGCGCUAGCGGCGAAAGAAGCACUGAACGGUUCGGAGGUGCUUGGACAGACGAUUUCCGUCGACUGGUGCUUCGUCAAGGGACCAAAGAAGCUUAAGAAAUCUUCCGAGCGACGCCGACGAUAGGAGAAUAAGGAAGACGGACAGAAGCGAACCUACUAAUUAUCGUUUAAGUAGGUAAAACAUACAUGCAUUACAAAACCACAGGAACUCAUCAAGCACGAAUCGUUUGUCGAUUGCGUUCUACACCCAGAAAACAGAGAAGAGAAGAACGUAUAUUCACAUGUAAAAUUUGAAUGAAAUAAAUUAAUCAACUA